CCCACUUCCCUGCAAAAUCGUCUCCUUUCCUCCCUGAUUAUUCCCACACCUUCGUUUUUCCACAAAAACACGCGUUCCUCCCUUCACUGCUGUUUGUCUUACGUGUGCAGCGUGGUCCCGAACCCUUUCGUUUAUCGUCCACCGCACGCAAUUUCUGUCUCUCGUUUAAAGCAGAACCUUUUUAGUUUGAUACCUUUUUAAUAAUCAACCCUCUUACUCGCUCUACCCUGCAGCCCUCGGCUCAGAUCUUAUAAGAAAACUACAUAGCCACGAUCGAUCCCCUAGCUACCUAAUCUCAAUUUCCCUCAUCUCAGCAAAGCACCGACAACAAUGUUCUCCAAGCUCCUAUCUGCCACCACGGUGGUCUUGGCAGCGGCCUCCUUGGUCUCUGCUCAAACCUCCACCGACUGCGAUCCCACCAAGAAGAAGUGCCCCGAUGACGCUGCUCUUGGCAAGACUGUUACCGUCGACUUCAGCAAGGGCUCCAACGAUCUCUUCAAGGUCGCUGACGGCACUAAGCUCACUUACGAUGGUACUGGUGCGCUCUUCACCAUUAACAAGGAGACGGAUGCCCCGACCAUCACCAGCAACAAGUACAUUUUCUUCGGAAAGGUCGAUGUGGAGGUCCAGGUCGCUCCCGGUACUGGUAUAGUAACCAGUUUCGUGUUGCAAUCCGAUGAUCUCGACGAGAUUGACUGGGAAUGGCUCGGUGGUGACAAGGCUCAGGCCCAAACCAACUACUUCGGAAAGGGCGACACCACCACCUACGACCGUGGUGCUUACCACCCUGUCGCUAACCCCCAGGACCAGGUCUACAAGUACUCUGUUGAGUGGACUAAGGACCACGUUGUUUGGCUCAUCAACGACAAGCAGGUUCGAGAGUUGAAGUAUGCCGAUGCUAAGGGCGGUACCCGAUUCCCUCAGACUCCUAUGCAGAUCAAGCUUGGUACCUGGGUUGCUGGCCGCUCCGACGCCCCCGAAGGCACCGUCCAGUGGGCUGGUGGCAAGACCGACUUCUCCCAGGCUCCUUUCGUCGCUCACUACAAGUCUAUCACCAUCCAGGACUACAGCAACGGUGUUAAGAACGCCGAGAAGUACUCGUGGAAGGAUGGCUCCGACGGUUCUUACCAGAGCAUCAACGUUAUCACUGGUGACGGCAGCAGCGACGACUCUAGCUCCAGCUCUGCCUCCAGCACUGCUACCUCUACCAAGGCUUCUUCCGCUUCGUCCACUGCUAAGAGCACGGAGAGCGCUAAAAGCACCCUGACUACCUCGACUGUCUCUGCUUCCGCCAGCGCCUCUGCUACUAGCUCAGGCUCCAGCGCUUCCGAGACCGCUACCCCCAGCGGCACCGAGUCUCAGAGCGCUGGAUCCAGCUCCAGCAGCGCCCCGGCUUCCCAGACCAGCUUGCCCACUACAUCUGGUGCCUUCAAGGUUGGCUUCAGCAGUGCUGCCCUGAGCGCCUGCUUGUUGGCUGCUCUUAUGCUGUAAAAAGUCAUGGUUGUGUUUGAUAUUUUGUAACUAGCGCGCCCCUUUUCGGCACAAGCGAAUCGGUGAUCUGUGGUUCCUACUUCGAUGAACCGGCUAUUCAAUUCUUCUUUACGAUCUCUUGCACAUACGCACCACUUGGCAGCCUUGUUUGCACGUCUUUG